AUGGCAAAUCGGCGUCGCUCAAGUGUGCCGAAACCAAACGCAUUCACGAACAUAUCAGAUGCCUUCUGCACCGACCGGAUUCGUUUCCGCAAGUUGCAUUCCCAGAAUAUCGUGCAUCGAUUAAGGAACCGGGAAACAGGUAGACGACAUCGCACACCACAGCAUGCUGUCCGGGAGCUGUACCAGAAUGUGUACCCCAACCUAACUGUAGUCAACGUCGAGCGACCACCAUGUUACCUACGAAAAUUCAGUCCCGAUGGAAAAUACCUUAUCGCAUUUUCUUCUGAUCAGGCUGCGCUUGAAAUUUACGAGUACCAGGGCUGUGCGGCAGCCGGCGAUUUACUUCGCGUAUGGGAGGACACUGAGCUGAUGGUGGACAAUGAACCUGACAACAGUGGCAUUCGAAGUAAAAUAUUCGAUCAAUUGUUCAAGCUGAAACACGUUGUGAACCUCGAAAAUCACGAGAAACACCUCAACCGGGAGUGUAGUUUGUUCACGAAUGACGGGCGGUACGUAAUUGUAGGAGCUGCCUCGUUCAUACCGGAAGAAAAUCGACCCAAUUUCUACGAGCUGUAUACCAACAACGAAGUAAUCAAACCGACUGCCGGUUCACCCCUGGAAGACUACACGCUGUACAUAAUCGAUCUGCAUUUUGGACGCAUUUCGCAUUCACGGGAUUUUCGUGUGGACAAGAUCAUACUGUCCCACAACCAGGGCGUGUAUCUCUACAAUAACACGCUGGCAAUACUCUCGAUACACCACCAGUCGAUGUACAUCUUCUCCAUCGCAGACGGAACAUUUAUACCCGAGCGUACGAUAGGUCGGUUUUGCAGUGGCGAGGAUGAACGGCACUAUACGAGCGCGUUCGCGCCGGAACGGGGCAGUGCACCACCACCACGCGCAUUCCGCGAACCGACAAUCAACAGUCUAAAGCAUCGUAUAUUGGUGUUCCUGUUCCGGGAGGCUAAGAGCUUAGUAGACACCGGGGAAGAUACGCUAGCGCUGCGCAAGUUUUACCGCCACUUUGAUGAGUACAAGGAUUUGCGUAUGUGGAAGAUGCAGCUAUUAGAUGACGAUUUGUUGCUCAUCAAGUACGCCCACGAAGACGUGGUAACGCUGAAGGCGCACGAACCAAACAGCCAAAACUCGCUGUUUGUGGUGUAUCACAUCUGGGACAUGCAGAUCGUCGCCGUGUACACCAACCAGUCGAUGCAGCUGCUGGAUCUGUACGAAAACUUUUGCGACAGUUUCCGAAAUGCUUCGCACAGCCACCGGACACCAUUCACCUGCUCGCCGAGCAAUAACCUGUACAGUAAUCUGCUCCACACACGCUUCAAGCAGACCAUUAUCGGAGCACGAGGUGGCAGCCAAAUCGAAGCGACGAAGCGUAUCCUUGCCCAAUUGCCAAUCAGCGCGCAAAGUUACACCAGCUCACCGUACCUGGAUCUGGGAUUGUUCAGCUACGACGACAAGUGGGUAUCGGCGAUGGAGCGACCGAAGGCGUUCUCUGAGUUUCCGAUUCGGUUCUAUGCGCGUGAUUCCGGAUUGCUGAAAUUUCGUAUCUACGCCGGCAUGGGACAUCAGAUCACGCCCCAUCCGGGUAGCCGGCGUUUAGUGGCCUUCAUCUUCCACCCGACGGAACCGUUUGCGAUCAGCGUGCAACGCAUCAACACAGACUACAUCGCUAAUUUCCAUCUGCGUCAUGUUCCUAGUACUGAUCGGAAGCCCACGUGGUCUCCAAAAGCGUAG